CGCCGCUUAACAAAGGAUUGAAUUGAAGCUGUGUCGAUGGAGCAUCUGUGGAAAAAUUUUGACGAAAAGAUUUCGGCUUUGGAUGCUGAAACUUGCGCGCUGUGGACUGUUCUAGAGACUAACGUUGAAAAGUUGACGGCAUGUAAAAGCAAUUCAUCGAUCAACGAAGAUAUAAUAGUGAUAGAGCACAGCGCAAUGCUGGAAUCAACAACGGCGGAUAUGAUUAGCAACCAAUGCAACUCACGUAUAAUUAGACAGCAAUGCGAAAACCUAACUCCUAUUGGAUGUUCAGAUGAAUCGAAUUCUAUAAAAAAUGUCAGACAGCAAAUGCGGGAUAAUUCUGAAGAAAUCGAAAACAUUCAACGUUUGUUGGGUGACAUCGGAAAUAUGACAAAACAUAUCCAAUCGAGCGUUCACUUCCAUCGUGCUGAGAAGAAUAUAAAGCUUGAAGAACUUAAAGAACGCAAAGAAAAACUUGAUCGCAUCAAGGUGGAUCGGAUCAAUAUGAUUAAUAAUUUCAACAAUAUGUUAGAUAAUGCCAGCCUGUAGCGGAACCCUUGCGAUUCGUAAUGUGAAUCGACGGAUAACAAAUAGGUUUGCUUUUAUACAAAAAGCACUAGUUAUUGAAAGAAUAAAUUCAUUAUUUCUUAAAAUAACGAAUGAGAUUAGUUGAAAAAUAAAAAUGCAAAGUAA